AUGGGUCUCGAUUUCGGACCUUAUCUGCGACUAGCAGAACAGAGUCAAGGGUCUAGUACACCGGCGGUUUCGCUAGAGUUGAAAGCCCCGGAAACCUUGUACUUGGAGUCGCCUUUUGGAAUUGAAGUGGUCCUGCGCCAAGAUGAUACCGACACUCGCCCAUGUAUCUUCUACUGGUCUCCUUAUGCCCCGGCUGUACCCGCUGCUCAGUUCGUCCUACUCCGCCACACCUCCGAUGGCCUGGAAAGAGUUGAGGUGGGCAAGGGGUUGUGGGAAGCCCCUGACGUGCUUCCUAUAGCUAGACUGGGUCAGGGGCUGUUUGAACUUGAGCCAAACGGGAGUUCUCGUUAUUUAUCGGAACUAGGCGUACAGUAUCGUGAUGCACUCAGACCAGGUGAGAGAUAUGAGCUACUCUGGCCUGGGGGAGAGUCAUUUCUCUGGGACUGGGGAAAUAUUCAAGGUCACCUGGGUACGGAAUUGAGAAGACGAGAACCAUGUCUAUUUAUUCCGGGCUGUCAUAUCUCGUUUACGGUUGAGGAAGGGGAACGAAUUAUCCCAUCUCCCGAGCCUUUGUCGCCCAGGGAACCAUUAUCCAGAGUUCCAGGAGCUCCGAUUCUCAGCGUGAAUAUCGAAUGCCCUCCAACCUUUACUAAGGAUCAGGACAAAAAUGCGAAAGUCCAUGUCAUCUAUCAUUCUUCAUCUAAGGGCCCAGGGGACUUAACCCCAAUUACUUUCCAUGUCUUCAACUUACUGGAGGGCAACCUUCAGCGGCAGCGUGGCCAGGAAUGGGAAUACUUCGAGUCCGAGGAGAUUCCAUACCAGAUAUACGACGAUCCAGAUAUUGAAGUUUCUCCCGGUCAGCAUGCCGACUUUAUUAGCCUUCAGCCCGGAGAUUCAUGGACUCGGAUGGAUAGCCUGGAACUUCCUUCUGAUACCAAGGUAGGAGAAGUCUUUAAGUACGAGUUCACCGACAGAGUAAUUGACUGGUGGACCUGGGGUACGAAGGAAGAUCAGUUGCGGACCACAGUGAAGCUACCAUGCUGGGUCGGAGCUGAAGUCAUCGAGCCCAGGGAUAAUGAGGGGCGACCGGUUAUCGUGGUACCAGCGAGCAAUGUUGUCGUGUUCACUAUAGUGUGA